CAGCCAAGACUACUGCGCCUGCGCACUUUAGUUCUUGCGCGAAAUCGUCGCCGCCAAGAAAUUUGUCCCAGAUGGCUUGCCAUCUGUUUCCAAGGCAACCCGGAAGCCUCCUGACAAAGGCGCGCGGCCUGCUCGGUCUCCUGCUCCAGCCUUGGGAUGGCUGCUGCGAGUCCCAGCGUCUUCCUACUCAUGGUCAAUGGGCAGGUGGAGAGCGCCCAGUUCCCAGAGUAUGAUGACCUCUACUGCAAGUACUGCUUUGUGUAUGGCCAGGACUGGGCCCCCACAGCGGGUCUGGAGGAGGGGAUAUCACAGAUUGCAUCCAAGAGCCAAGAUGUACGGCAAGCACUGGUGUGGAACUUCCCCAUCGAUGUCACCUUUAAAAGUACCAACCCCUAUGGCUGGCCACAGAUCGUGCUCAGUGUGUAUGGACCAGAUGUGUUUGGGAAUGAUGUGGUCCGAGGCUAUGGAGCAGUGCAUGUACCCUUUUCUCCUGGACGGUACAAGAGGACCAUCCCCAUGUUUGUGCCGGAGUCUACAUCUACACUGCAAAAGUUCACAAGCUGGUUCAUGGGACGGCGGCCUGAGUACACAGACCCCAAGGUGGUGGCCCAGGGUGAAGGCCGGGAAGUGACCCGUGUCCGCUCUCAGGGAUUUGUCACCCUCCUCUUCAAUGUGGUGACCAAGGACAUGAAGAAGCUGGGCUAUGACACUGGGCCUGUGGACACACAAGGAGUCCUGGGUCCCAGCCUGCCACAAGGCAACCCACAAUGAAAGUAUCAGCCUUUCUGCCUGCAACUGUGGCCCAGGUGCCCCACAGCCCACACACAAUCAAGGACUCGACCAGCCUGGCUGGGAAGUGAGAGAGCUGAAGAUACUUUUAUAUAAUAAAGCAUCACAUCUUUUUCAGAAA